AAACAUUCUUAACAAGUACUACUAUUUCCUCUUCUUAUCAUUCUCCAUUUGGAACAUUUCCUUGUACAAUCAGCCGGCCAAAUAGCAACACUACACCAUUUAGUAAUUCUAGUACUACUAUUUUACUGUUUGGAAUUGUCUUUCAAGAUCACAUCAAGAAACAAGCAACAAAAAAUUGAGAGAAGAGUGUGCUGAGAAUCAAGAAACAUGAAUAGAGAUGAAGAUCUUAUUUUGUUUAGGGACAUGUAUAAGCGCGAAAAGAAAGAUAUUGCCAGCCUUCUUCUCCCUGUCCCUGAUGAAUUUGAGGCAAAUGGGAAUUAUGCAUUAUACAGAAUGGCUUCGGGCAAGAAAGGUCAAGUGGGAUUGGAUUCUAUGAUGAGUACUGAAACUGGAAAGAAUGAUUAUGACUGGUUGAAAACGCCUCCGGCUACGCCUUUAUUUCCAUCUCUUGACAUGGAAGCCAAUGCUCCAGAACUAGUCAUUCAGAAGGAGAUCCCAAUUAUUCAACCAGUUAUUACUGUGUCAAGGUUUGCAGACAAGACAGGUGCUGCUAAAACAAGAAGUACUCUUAUAAAAUUUGCAUCACCUAAUCAAAAACCAAAAAUAGCCACAAGCAACUCAACACAAAUUGGAAAACAAAGUGCUUCAUCAAUAGAGAAGAAGAACACAACAUAUGCAGCAACAACAACAAUGAUCAAAUCCAACACUAGCAAUGAUCAUAAAGAGAGAUCAAACACAUUGUCAUCAAUUACAACAAGAACAACAAAGCAAAAAGAUACAAGUCUUAAUUUCCUAGCUUCCAAUUUAUCAAAAACAUUGGGCAUGGAGUCGUCUUCGAGUACCAUCAGGCCUAAAAGCAGGGGAGUAUCCCCUGCUGGCAGACCGAAAAUCCUGGGAGCUCAGUUCCCAGGAUUUUCUGAUGAAACUCUGCCUAAUCUCAAGACAGACCGGUCCCUCUCAGCCAACAGGGGCCGGCCAAUUCAUCAAAACCAAUCAACUAACCAAAGGCCAGGAUCAUCAUCGUCGUUGUCUUCAAGUACCACCAAGCCUAAAAGCAGGGGAGUGUCCCCUGCUGGGAGGCCGAAAAUACUGGGAGCUCAGUUCCCAGGAUUUUCUGAUGAAACUCCGUCUAAUCUCAGGACAGACCGGUCUCUGUCAGCCAACAGGGGCCGGCCUAACCAAUCAACCAACCAAAGGCCAGGAUCAUCAUCGUCGUCUUCUUCUUCUUCAUCGCCAGUGCCUAUUACAAAACCAAUAAGACGACAAUCAUGUUCUCCCAGUGUAACACGUGGUCGAAAGCAGGAGGUUAGUAUAAGUAGUACAAAAUUUCAACAAGGGAAUGGCACAACACAAGUUCUUGGCAGCAGAAUGGUGGACAAAUUCUUGAGUGCUAGGAAGUUAGCUCAUGAAGAGAAAGAAACUAACAAGACAAAGUUGAAUGGUUCCCUAAAUGAGAACUGUGGUUUUGGGAGGCACAUUUCAAGAAUUUCAGCAAAUAUGACUCAAAAGCACAUGGAAACUCAUCAAGACUCGGGUAAUUCUGGCAAAAAUGGCACAGCCACAGGGAGAAAAUCUUCAAACAUCAGAGGCAGCAGAAUCUCUAGUGCAUAAGGCAACUCAUAUAAUAUUUUUGUCUGAAUUUAACCAAAAACCACAAUAAGAUGGUGUUGUUUUUUUUUGUUUUUGCCUUUUGCAUCAUUUAAUGUUGAUUGUAAAUGCCUUUUCUCAUUGAUUUUGGGCUCUCUUCUCUCUCUAUUUUCUUUAUUCUCUUUUGGCAAAAGCCAGGUAACAAACAAAGUACAUUUGGGUGAUAUUUGAUAGUAAUAGAUAUAAGG